CCCAUCCAUUCCUCAAAAUUCUUCUCGCGCCUCCCUCUCUCUCCCCUCUGGCAAUAGUGAGAUGCAAGUAUUCCCCGGCAUCCUCCGCACCCCCUCUUCGUCAUCUCCCUCUCCCCGGCUCUGGAUCCAGACGAAACCAUGCAUACCGCAGCGCCGUCACCUCUGCUUCGCCUCCAGCGACGCCGCUGUUGGCGUCGGCCUCUCCGUCUCCGACGGGGAGCUGGAGACCCGGGGCUUCCUGGUGCGGCGGACGGCGACGGGGCUGGACGUGGAUGCCCUGAACGAGGUGUUCGCGCGUGUGGGCUUCCCACGGCGGGAUCCCACGCGGAUCCGGCGGGCGCUGGAGCAGGCGGGCGGCGCCGUCGUGUGGGUGGAGGAGACGAGGUCGAAGGCGGAGGGGCGGCCGGUGGCUUUCGCGCGGGCGACGGGGGACGGGGUGUUCAACGCGGUGGUGUGGGACGUGGUGGUGGAGCCGUCGUUCCAGGGGAUGGGGUUGGGCCGGGCGGUCAUGGAGCGGCUCGUGGCGGAGCUCCGGGGCAUGGGCGUGUCCAACAUCGCCCUCUACGCGGAGCCCCGGGUGGUGGGCUUCUAUCGUCCCCUCGGCUUUGCGGCGGACCCGGAUGGGAUCCGAGGGAUGGUCUACUCCCGCAAGAAGCAACAGAAGAGAAGAUAGCAUCGGAGGGAUUUGGAUUGCUUCCUGCGCGGUCUCACUCUAUGUUGCACAGUAUUGCUUGUUUGUAUCAUCAAAAUACUCAUGUAAAAUUCUAUGGUACAUUUCUUACUAAAAAAAUUUAAUGAUGCAAUUUUAUAAUUGAUGUACAUAUUAUGGUACAAUUUGGUAUAAUAAUGGAGCAUGCUUGAUUUGACAAUACUCA